GUCAAAAAGUUAGACUGAUAGCUAAUUUGAAUAUACAUAGGUAAUGACUGGAAAAUUAUUGUGAAUGUACUAUUCAAAACGAAUCUAUAGCGAUGCCUUAUGAAGCCAUCUAUGUAGUACUGGGUCCAGGACCUGUCGUUCUAACAUGUCCAGCUUGUAAUACUAGGGUGACGACUUACACAAGAACGGCCCCAAAUCCGAUGACACAUUGCUUAGCAGCUUGUCUUUGUAUUUUAGGAUGUUGGCUUUGCUGUUGCUUACCAUAUUUCUGCGUUCCUCCAAUAGUCCGGCAUUAUUGUCCUCGCUGUGGUGCAUAUUUAGGAUCAUGCAGCUAAUAAAGCUAUUAUUCUAACGACAUAUA